AUGUCUGCUAGCGAAACCACCCCCCUUCUCCCGCCAUCACCAACAUUAUCACCAUCAUUUUCUUCCAUCGAUAAAGAAAAGAACAACCGAUUUGUCUUCUAUGUCUGUCUCAUCACGCUAUUUAUUAUCAAUGGCGGCGGCUCCAUGUCGGUGCCCCCAACAACGAGCAUUCUGCAAGACUUGCUCUGCGAGCGCCAUUACGCCCAGCGAGGACUCACUCGCCCCGGGACAGACGAGCUCGACUGCAAGAUCGAACCCGUUCAGUCUUCUCUCAGCAUGCUCCGCGGCGUCGUCGGGCUGCUGGCGCUGCUGCCUGGAUUGCUUCUGGGGGUUCCCUAUGCUGCUCUCGCAGAGAACUGGGGUAUUAAACGUGUCCUGCUACUGUCGGUCACUGGGAUCAUCUUGUGCGACGUCUGGUUCAGUCUUAUUUGCUGGUUUGGUCGAAAUCUGCCGCUGCAGCUAAUUUAUCUGACUCCCUUGGGGUAUUUGGUCGGUGGAGGGCCAUCUGUCGGCGGCUCGUUGCUACCGACGCGGUUCUUCCUUAUGGAGGCAGCCGCGUACUCGGGCGCUGUGCUUGGCUAUACGGCCAGCUCCGCCAUCAUGAACACGCAUCUCUGGGCGUCGGUCGUGCUAGGACCCUGCCUAGUAUUUUCUACAUUUUUCCUGGUUCUCUUGUUUCCCAAUGACUGCCCCAUCGGGGCAAAGGCCCGUCCCGAUGCUGGGCCUGAUCCUGCGCCUGCACCAGAGGCCAAGUCCAUGCUGCACACGAUGCGCACUGCCAUGGUCCUUUUCAAGGGGCAGAUUGGUCUUGUCAUUAUUCUUCUGGGAUAUGCACUACGGUGCUUGGGAGAUGGUGUCAUGGCGUUGUUGAUCAUCUACGCAUCGCAGGUGUUUGACUGGUCGUUCUCGCAGUCUGGGUAUCUCCUAUCUCUACAGAAUGCAACCCACCUGGUGGUAUUGCUUAUUCUACCCGUUGUAGACCGGCUUCUCGCGCAGUAUCUAGGGCGAGCACGGCAAACGGAACACGAGUUUAUAGAGCCAGCGACAGGGCUGGCCAAGCACUUUUCGCUUGCCCGAGGAAGUGCUCUUCUUUCUGCCAUUGGAAGCGCAGGAAUGGCUCUAUUCAGGUCGCCUUUUCUCUUUGUUAUCAGUGUGAUCCUUUACGGUUUCGGCAGCGGCUACAACCAAUCUAUCCGUUCAAUCAUGACGCUUUCUACGCCAGAGGAACAUCGCGCAAUUACGUACUCUGUUCUGGGAAUCAUGGAAGCGGCAGGUAACUUGGUUGGGGCACCCUUCUGGCCGUUCAUUUACCAGAUCGGGCUGAAGGGCGAUGGAUACUGGGUGGGACUGCCUUUUGUUGUGACGGCAGGGUUAAUGGCCGCGGUCUGGGUGAUGUUACGCAUUCCUAACCUGUCUCCCCGCGGUCCUAUUCCUGCUCUUAUCGCCAUUCACAUUGCCAGCUUCGGAAUGAGGCUCGUCGUAUCCAGCGAUCGGCGCUCUUGGCUGCGAAGCUUGUAUGGCCUUUUCAUGUUGCAAGCAUCUUUGAUCUCUCUCACGGCGUUGUUCAUUCCCCAGAUCGUCUUCCUUUCUGAAAGAGAGCUCCGUUCUCCAACUUUGCGGAAUGCUGUUUCCCUUCCUGCCGAUAUUCUGGAACUCCUUGCAACUGCUGCGGCACUCGUCCUCUCGUAUAUCCACCACUGCCGCUCGCUCCGCCCCUCGACGCUCCUGAUUCUCUUCCUAUCUGCGCGUUCGCCGCUCGGCAUCGCGCGCGUGCGAACUCUAUGGCUUAUCCCAGGGGCCAACAGGGCAGCUAUUUUAUUUACUGCUGGAUUUGUGGCUACCCUACUAUGCGCAAUCCUCGAGUCAACGGAGAAGACGUCUAACAUCCUUCCCGCGAGGAAAAUAGGAAAAGCCAUUCCCGCUACACCAGAGUCCUUCAGCGGCCUUUGGAAGUGCGCGAGUUUCGCCUGGCUGUCUGGAACGUUUCGACGCGGGUAUGUUCAUGUUCUGUCUGUGGAUGAUCUACCGCAGCUGGACCCGGCGUUGGAUAGUGAAGUGGUUAGAGAAAGAUUGGAAUAUAUUUGGGCGACUACGGGCUUCGCAUUCUGCCAGCCCUUCCUCAUCAACGCGACAGUCUCCUGGGUAGGAAGACCAGAUGCCCCAGCCGAUUCGGGAAAGGCGUUGAUAGGAGCGUUUGCCCUCGUUUAUGUCGGACAGGCUGUCUGCACGGCCCUCUACGGAUACCAGAACAUUCGCUUCAUUAUUCGUCUCCGAGGUGGGCUGAUCAGUCUCAUCCAUAAACAAACUGUGCACCCGCGAGCCGUCGAUCUCGGCGGAAGUACUGCUAUCACGCUCAUGGGGACGGAUGUUGAGCGGAUUGUCAGCGGUUUUAGAUUGCUUCAUGAGCUAUGGCCUAGUCUGACGGAGAUCGGUAUUGCAGUAUAUUUGCUGGAAAGACAGGUUGGGGUUGCAUGUCUGGCGCCGGCUGUAAUUGUUGCUGUGUUCAUCUUAGCAACAUUCAAACUCUCCACCUUGACAAACAAGUUCCAGCGUCUCUGGAUUGAAAAGGUCGAAGACAGACUCGGACUAACCUCGUACACGCUUGAGAACAUUAAAGCCGUCAAGAUGUUAGGGCUAUCAGAGAAGAUCUUCAGCAUUGUGCAGGGGCUACGGCACGCUGAGAUCGCGACCUCUGCUGUUUUCCGCAAAUUGCUUAUCGGAACCAUCACUCUCUCAAAUUCCCCUUCUGACCUCGCCCCCAUGACGACCUUCGCCAUCUAUGUGAUCAUCGCGCUCGUCCGCAACGAUAACUCGAUUUUGGCUGCGCAGGCGUUCACAUCACUAUCGCUGAUCUCGCGUUACGAACCCGGUGCUGACGAUAUGCCAGCUGUAGCUGAGGGAGAGGAGCAAAAAAUGCUGGUGACAUUCAACAGAUACACUGUCACCUGGGAAAAAAGUGUAGCCCCCGUCUUGCGGGAGAUCAGCCUGACAAUCAACCACGGAAUCACGAUGAUAACCGGUUCAAUCGGGAGCGGCAAGUCAACUCUCCUAGAGAGCAUUCUCGGCGAGACCCUCGUUACGUCUGGACAUGCAGAUUGGGUAUACCGUGGCUCAGUCGCAUACUGUUCUCAGACACAAUGGCUGCAGAGCCAGAGCAUCAAAGCGAAUAUUGUGGGCAGAUCCCUUCCCGAUGAAACCUGGUAUCGGACAGUCAUAUCAGCCUGCGGACUCGAAAAGGACCUCUCGAGGCUGCCGCGCGGCGAUGCCACAGCCGUGGGGAAUAAUGGGAUGACACUGAGUGGAGGCCAGAAGCAGAGAAUUGUAUGCCCGCCUAUACCCAGCCUUGACCUGAGAGCAGUCUUUCAGAGUGCGUAUGCUGAUUCUGGACAGGCCCUUUCUAGAGCUCUCUAUUCCCGCGCCCAAAUUAUCCUUCUAGACGACGUCUUCAGUGGGUACCUCCUUCGCUAUGCUGACGAGAUCGUUGUCCUGGAAAGUGGCCAACUCGUUGAUAAAGGAAGUCUGGAGGACCUUAUGGCUAAGAGUACCUAUAUCCAAGGACUGCAGACCUCGCUGCCGAAACCGACAUCAUCUAUUGAUAGUAGGUCUAGUGAAACAGUGAUGGCUACUCCUUUUUCGGUCGAGCAAGACCGAACUGCUGAAGAACGCGCAAACGAGGCUGUUCCCAGUGAGAACGACGACCUCCUAGGCCACGAGGCCCCCAGCGAUCCCACCCGCCUGCUAACGGGCGUACAGCAAUCUGGCUCGACUGGUGGACAGAGGCAAAUGCCAGAUUCCAAAUGCCCAGGCGGGCAUGUAUCUCGGUGUUUACGUGCUUCUGGGCAUAUUUGGAAUGAUUCUUAUGAUCAUGGGGUGUCGUCAGCCCUUAAGCUACACAAUGAUCUCGUGGAUAAUACAGCAAGGGCGUCACUCCAGUUCUUCCAACGAGUCGAUAUUGGCAGCAUAACAAACAGAUUUAGCCAGGACCUGGAUCUGGUCGACAUGUCUCUGCCCCUAGAUGCCCUCAGCUGUCUUGCUGCGGUAUGCACGUGCGUCCUAAAGCUCCUCAUCCUGUGUGUCUCCGCCAAGUAUCUCGCCGUCACGAUCCCCUUCAUCUUGAUCACGAUCUAUUUUACGCAGUCUCUGUACCUGCGUACCUCGCGUCAAAUGCGGCUGCUAGACAUCGAAGCAAAAGCGCCGUUAUACACGCACUUCACCGAACUUGUUUCCGGUGCUGCGACCAUCCGCGCAUUUAGAUGGCAUGCUUCGUCCCAGAGAAGUGCACUUAAGCUGCUGAAUCUUUCACAGAGGCCGGUGUAUUUUCAAUACUGCAUCCAGAAGUGUCUCGGGUUUGUUCUCGAUCUCCUUGUUGCAGUUUUGGCUGUGAUUCUGGUUGCCACAGUUGUGCUUUUGCGAGACAAGUUUCAGGCCGGCGACGUCGGUGUCGCACUUGUUACGGUUAUGACAUUUAACUCGAGUCUUAUGAACCUGGUAAGGUUCUGGACGGAAAUGGAGACAAGUAUUGGCGCAGUGAAGCGCGUAAAGAAUUAUGUGAAGACGGCUGAGCCGGAAGAGGAUGAUGUCUCUCAAGCUCGGCUUGCAGAGUUGCCGUACUCGUGGCCGGAGAAGGGAGAUAUACGCUUUGAGGGCGUUAUGGCUGGUCAUUUGCCAUCGUCACCGCCCAUCCUCAAAGACUUAACUCUAUCCAUGUCGCCUGGCUCUAGAGUUGCCAUUAAAGGCUCCAUGAUGAUUGAUGGAUUAGAUUUGAAGGCUUACCGCCGCGAGGAAAUCCGAAAGAGACUGAACAUCAUAACCCAAAAUCCGUUCCUGGUAUCUGGCAGUGUGAGGUUCAAUAUCGAUCCGUGGGGAAAUGCCCCAGAUAAACGUAUUGUGGCUGCGUUGAAGAGAGUAGGACUGUGGGAUGUUAUUGUUCAACAAGAAAGUGGCAGGGACAGUUUUUCAGGGCUAGAUAUGCAAAUCAACGCGAAUGUCUUCUCCGCCGGCCAAAGACAGUUACUGUGCCUUGCUAGGGCGCUGGUUCGACCAGGAAAGGUGUUGAUCUUAGAUGAGGCUACGAGCAGCGUCGAUAAUGCAACCGAAUCGACAAUGCAGUCCAUCCUCGAGACCGAAUUUGCCUCGUACACGAUCCUCUCCGUCCUGCAUCGCUUUCGGUAUAUCCACCACUACGACGAAGUCGCCGUGCUUGAAGCGGGCAGGCUGGUGGAAUUCGAUGAGCCGGGCAUUCUGCUUAAGAGGGAGGGGUCGAGGUAUCGAGAGCUCUAUCGAUCUGGAGAAUAUAAUGGGAACGACGCCAACGGGGUAUAA